AUGUCGAAUUGGUCCCGUGGCGCGCCGUCAUCGCCGCGACGGCGAACAGUCAACAAGGACCGUAGUGAAGUCGCCGCCGCCGCCGCUGCUGCUGCUGCCGCCGUGACUCCGACGACGCCGACGUCGACAACAACAACAACAAUAACAAAUACACCGCACAUCCUCCUGCCACUCCCCUCGUCACCCACACAGCAGCGCCGCUCCCCGUCGUCGACAUGGCACGCGCCGUCAUCGCCGCGGUUUAAAGACAAGUCGACCCCCCGCCCAUUGCUUGAGCCAAAGUCGCCAGCCACUCCGCCCAAUCGCUCCCUAUCCAACCGUUUCCUCUUCUCGCUCACUCCGCCAUUCAAACACGAUAACAGCGGCAGUUCCUCGUCAUCGUCUCCUUCGCCCACACCCCCGCGACGGGGUAGUGCAACUCUAGAACCCCGCCCCCACAUUGCCCGCAUCUCGCCCAGCACACCCAUCAUAAUGUCUGGUUCUUCCUCUUCCGCAGCUCCGCGGCCAGCCGUCCGUCGCAAAGUAACAGGCCAGAUGAGCUUGUCGUCUACGCCGACACCGUCGACAAGUUCCCUCGCCUCCGUGUCCGCGUCGACCUCAACAGCCUCGACGCAGCCCCGGCUCAAGGCGCGCGUCAACCCUGCGUCCAUUGCUUCUUCCCCAGUCGGCAGCGGCGCAUCGACACCAGGCCUCAGGCCUGCGCGUGCACCGUCAACAACUGCUUCCUCGUCCUCUAUAGGACUGCGGACAGAGUCGACUCCCUCAUCACGCGCGAGAUCGCCCGUCGGCGCCGGCACCCCCCGGUCCGUACUCGGCGGCGCAGGCACCGCUGCUAGAGGCGCCGCCGCCGCCGGAGGCGCAAAGCCCCUGGUGGCAAAGGCACAAGUUCCGGCCUCACACGUUCUGACAACACCGGGCCUGCCCACGGCGGCAUCGUCGUCGCUGUCCUCGGCUUCUGGUCUUUCCAGACGACUGUCGCAUAGUGCUGCUGCCACUGGGAGUGGCGCCGCGUCCCCUGCUCCAACCACGACCGGGCCCACAAAGGUUCGCUCACCGUCCAUUGUUUCGGGAUCUUCCACACCAGGACCGACGACGCCAGCUUCGAGCGUCUUGUCGGGAGUGAGCGCGUCCUCGGCCCAAACGUCGUCGAGUACUCCAAAAGCAAAGCCGUCGGGAAGUACACCGACACACGACCCCGCAGCAGCGACGACCGCGCCCGCGGCACACAUUCGUCCUUCGCCAGCUACGCCUACUCCUGCAUCCGUGUCUUCGCCUACGCCCUCCACUACUGCGUUGUCGACAUCGCCAGAAGACAGUCUGGGUUUCCGAGCGGCGCAUGUCGCGCACGCAUCAAGACCUCAAGUAUCUCCACUUGCCCAAGUCACCCCUGCAUCUGCAAACAUGACUGCCGUGUCACCACUGCCAGCGAUUGCCGCGCUACAGACUCAGCAGAGGUCCACUGCGUUGCUAUCGCCCUCCACGCUCAUUCCCGAACGCAAGCCGUCUCCGCCUCCGCUCUUCGGCGUUGGACUGGAAGCGCCGGUUCCUCGGGCUCCCUUUGGCACGGCAAGCCUGGUCGAGCCCGAACCCUCCUCCAACCACUCGUCGCCCGUCCGCUCAACCCGCCCCCUCGACGCCGUGUCACCACUGCAUGCCGCCUUCCAGCAUGUCUUCCAACACCCCGCCGCAUCUUGUCCCACCUCGCCCAACCCCUCAUCUGGUCUCGCGCUCUCUGGCGCAGCCGACACUGGUAGUAUCGCCGACCGACCACCGCGCAAGCACCAUCAUCCGCUCCCGUGGAACCCCUACGCCCCACCACCGCCCCUGCCACUGCCACCCACGUCGCCAGAGCUUCGAACGGUCGCCCUCCCACUCAUGACGCCGACACGGUCCAUCGAGUCGGUGGAUGGCACGCCGCUCCGUGGCCCGGGGGCGUGGACUUCUCGUCGCUUAAGCUCGUCGAGCGAAGGCGGGUACUCACCCGUGCGCCACAAGCUCGACCUUCCGCGCAUGGGCCGCGAUCGUCUCAGCGGCAGCACGAUUGCUGAUGCCGACGCCGACGACGGCGAUGGCGACAUCGAGGACCAUGACGAGGAGCUCAAGCUCAAGGCGGUUGUGUCUGCCGACGGCUUCUCAGACGCCGAGAAGGCCAAGGUCGAGCGCAAGAUCGCAGACCUAGAAAUCUCCAACUCGUCAUUAUUAGCCAUCAACCGCAGCCUCGAAGGUACCAAGGCAAAGCAACGCAGCGAGAUCACCAAGCUGCGGCGCAUGCUGCGCGAGACGCGCAUCGCACCACCUUUGGCAUCCACGCCAUUCGCCUCGCCGCCCCACGGCCUGAGAUCAAGCGACGACGAGGGCGCGACCUCUGGCGGGGGCGAGGACGAGUUCGAGGAGGCGAUGGACGACCCGGCCCUCGAGCGGCGCUGGGACCGCCUCGUGUCCCUCGUCUCGGCGAUGCGCAAGCGCGGAGAGGAGUGCGUCGCGAUGGGCAAGGAGGAGACUCGCCCGGGUGUCCAGCGCGUCCUCGGCUGGCUCGAGGUCGAGGCCAUGGACCGCGAGAACGGCGGCGGCUCGUUCGGUGGAAGCCAGCUCGUGUCGGCCGCUACCUCUGAAGUCGACGUCACGGACGCUGCAGGCACCGAAAUCACCGAGACGACCGAGGUGACCGAGGGGUACUAGCCGACGGCUCGGCUCCUCCAGCAACUUCCAUGUCCCCCCGAGGAUGUUGACCACCCUCUCCCCCAACUUGAAAACCACCCUGAAACCUCAAUUGCAUGUCAUACAUUGUGCCAUAGUAAAUGUAAACUCUACAGAAUGG